AUGAGGACUUGGAGCAACGAAAGUCGCGGCGACACUCAUGCGUCAACCCACCCUUGCAUUACAAAGAAGUUCAAGGGAGACUCUGCGCAAUUGCAACCCGCUCAAUUCGAUCGCAUUCUCGUAUCGUACUGUACUUCAUUUCUGAAAAUUGAGAUACAUCACGCAUCCCUGCUUCCGCAGCUAGCAGAGAACCGAACACCCCAACACCACCACCACACUCUACAAUGCGCCUAGAAUCUUGACUAUGCACAAAACUAAGCU